AUGGUCGCCUACAUGUACAAGCAGGGCUUAAUGAACCUGAAAAUAGUGAAGAUGAAUUAUCCGGAAACGGUAACAUCCCAAACAGCCAGCCAGCAAGCGGAAAUCUCGGGCAGGCCGCCAGUGCAAAUAUCAACGAGCGCUGUCGGAGGUUCCGUUUCGGUCGUUGCGGCGGCCAUCGUUGCCGAUCGUCGCCGGCAUCGUCAGCAGCAACAGCUGCUCGGUGGACGCAAUCUUCCAUCACUGCCGGUUCUACCACCAAGAUCUCGUGAUCCGAUAAGGGCUCUGGAACCACCGCCACCGUACUGGGCGCACUACGCACAUCGACCGGUUCCAACAGUCUCAGUGGCACCCGUCAGUGUUGCGGGACCGAGCGUGGGGAGAAGCGCUGGUGCGGCCGGUCCUGUUGGUGGACACAACUCAGUUACGACCACCGACGAUAGCGACACCAGCAAUGACAGACCUCACUACGGCAGAUCAGCGUCCGGUGAGAGAUCUUCUGCUAGUGGAAGUCGCGGUGCUGGAGAUGAUGUCCCGAGCAUUGCAGCCCAUGGUGUCCACGAACAUGACAGCGGCGGAACACGACAUCGUCACAACGUGCCCCAUCAGCAGCGGCAACGUAUGAAGGAACAUUUGCUAAGUCAGGAUGCAUUUUGUCCGGAUUUGGUGCGUAACUGUAAGAACAUUGCCACCGAGUCGUCGGACCGUCAAUCAUCGCCCGCACCAGGAGAGUACGCCGAGAUCGUCGAUCUGAGUCGAAGUCUCGUCACGAAAGCGUGUAUCCAUUCUGGUGCAUCUACCUCGACCACUGGUACCGGUGCGCUAGAUCUUCACGUUGAAACGAACCACAUCCCAGCUGGCCAAUCGGUGCUAAUAGCUACCUCUGAUCAAAGUGCCUGCACGGUGCGCGGUGCUACUAUGGGUCAAAACUUGAGUAUUCGUAGACCAAAGAUUUCACUGACAUGGGUAUUAAGAGAACAGUCUCGGGAAGGUGCAUCUUCCGGAUGUGGACAGACUCACCAUAACGAGCCACAGCACCCCCAACAAGGAUCUAUCGUUGUAUUACCAAGCACUCGGAAGCCUUCAUCAACCGGAACGGCACUGACAGCGGCGGAAAAGGUUGCGCAGAACAUCUCUGGGUCUGCUGGAGUUCAGCCGGUGCUAGCAAGCAAUAGAGCAAGCAAUGGAAAUGGUGACGAAAGCAUCAUCGUAGGGCAACCUAAUGGGGCAGCCCUCAGCGGCCACAGUCACCAUCACCAUCACGUGAUCGUGCGUAAGAAAUUACGAACCCGCAGCAAAGAGCAAAUGUUUAGCGAGAAAUACGUCAGCGAUAACAACCUUUCCGAAUACCACAGCGAAAAACUGCGUAGUGUUGCUUCGUUCGCCAACGACUAUGUAGCAGCCCCUUCGGUCAGUGGUGCAUCCACCAACAUUUACCGUAAGAGCAACCGGAAGAACAGCGAUCGGUUGAAGAAGAAGGACCGCUUCUCGUUGUACUCGAACGGUAGCACGGGUGAUGCUGGUGUGGCGCAUCACAACAAUAAUAACCAGCAUGUGGUUAACCUCAACAAAGACGCACUGCACGGUGAGGGACAUGCGAAGGAUAAGUUGGCCGAUGCACUAAAGAAUACGCAUUCUGAACCGUCGCUUUAUACAACGGUAUCGGAACCUUCCGCUUCGACCAAACAGCGUCAGCAUCGGCAUCAUCACCGACGUCGCCGGGAACGCUAUCGAUCGCAGCGAUUCGGUUAUGAAAUAAACAAUGUGGAUGAGUUCCUGUCUAAAUGUUCCCUUUCUUCGCCCGGAAAUAUACCGGUAGUGCUUUCAUCUGCGGCCACGUUGUACCAGACACGGCCGGGCAGCUAUCAGAUUGAAAUACCGCUCCCGUUGGGAAUGGUGGUGAACGCAGUCUUCAAGAACCAAAACUGGCUAUAUGUCCAGACGCCGCAUGCCGAAGAGGGCUACGUGGCGUACGAUACCUGCUUACCGCUCGGUAUAUUGCCUUCAAACCAAAGAGCCACGUCCAGCUCGAAGCCCACACCUUGCUGGGAAUCGAAUAAAGAUGUGUUUCCCAAACUAUGCGGUAAUCUCACCGACAGUGAGAAAGAGAUUCAGCAGCUACGAGGUGGUACCCGAUCAGAAGGACGCCGCACACCUCGGCUGAAGCGAAGCAGUGCCAACAGUCGCAGCGCGGCUUCAAUUACGACUUGCAACAGCGAGCGAGACCUCGACUCGCUGUUUCUCAGAACGGUUGCUUCCAACUUGCCAAAGGUGGCCGACGGUCAGGCACAGUACGCACAGCUUAAGCUAACGACGAAGGUAUUACACUCGGUAGCGCCGUCGAUGAAGUCGGAAAAAACGCUUGCGAUCGAGCAGCUCGAGAAAAUGAUCUGCUCAGGAAGUGGAGAUUACGUGCAUUUGCUGAAACAACAGCAACAGCAGCUGCUGCACAAACAGUGCCAGUAUCUGCAGCAGAUCCGUCAGCAACAGAUCGCCAGAGACCUGGACCUGGGCGCGGUAACAGUACCGACGCGUGAACGGAAACAUGGCCCAGCUUGUAGCCGGGGCUCCCAGAUCGUCAGUGGGAGUAAUCAUCUACGUAUUGCGCUCGGUGGUUCCGGUUCAAACCUUGCGCCGAAUGGUGCGCCGGUUACAGUUUGCUCAUCGGCGUCCGCUGUGCGGCAAACUCUACUCGCCAUCACCGAUAAUUACUGUUCGGAAGCCCUAAAUGUCCAAAAGGGCGAUGUCGUGACGCUACUCGCCUGCAAGGAGUAUCAAGAAAAGGGCUUGAAAAAUUACAAACAGUGGUUUUUCGUGCGCACUCGAGACGGUCACGAAGGCUACAUUCCGGCAGAAGCAGCUGGUCAUGGGUUUCUCUAA